AUGUUGAACAGGCCUGGUAAUAGGGAUAUCGCCGCUUCGGUUGUGCCGGAUUAUGCACAGCCUUGGGACAAAGAAGUCGAACGGCGGGUGGUUCGGAAGAUCGAUUUGGCACUGAUUCCCUUGAUGUUUGUUGGCUAUGGCUUGGUGUACUAUGACAAGGCCAUCUUGGGUGGUGCGGCUGUCUUUGGCAUGGUGACAGACCUCGAGCUGAAGGUCGUGACGGAUCCGACAACAACACCGCCCAAAGUCUCGACGACCCGCCUUAGUUGGGCGACCUCACUGUUCUAUUUCGGCAUGCUCGCUGGGGUGGGGCCUCUGACAUACCUGUUCCAACGAUUUCACGUAGGUCGCACCGUCGGUCUUGUGGUGAUUGUAUGGGGUGCUAUUGCCAUGUCAACAGCGGGUGUCACGACAUACAAGGGACUAUGGGCGCAGCGCUUCUUUCUGGGCUUCGCAGAGUCGGUCAUUCCAACCGCCUUCAUGGUCAUCGUGAGCGGGUUCUAUACCCAGGCUGAGCAGACGUGGCGACAAUGUCUUUGGUAUUCCGCGACUGGAGCAUGGACCAUCAUCGGGGCUGCCAUCAACUUUGGCUUUGCCCAUAUCACCGGAGGCGCUCUGAAGAGAUGGCAGUAUCUGUAUCUCAUGACCGGCGCACUGACGGCAGUAUAUGGAUGUGUCUUCCUUUUCUUCCCCAACUCUCCGGCACAGGCAUGGUGGUUCACCGAAGAAGAGAAGAGAGUAGCCGUUGAACGGCUACGUAUGGGUCAACUAGGGGUUCGGUGCCAAAAGAUCAAAUGGUCGCAGUUCAAAGAGGCGCUCUUCGACUUGAAGGUCUGGAUGAUCGCCAUCAUGAUGGGCGCGGCAUAUUCUGUCAAUGGUGCCGUGUCUGGCUUCGGACCUCUCAUCGUGUCGACCUUCGGCUGGUCUGCCUACGAUUCAUUGCUUUGGCAAAUGCCCAUGGGGGGAGUUUGCUUGGUGGGCAUCCUGCUCGCCGGCUUCCUCAGUCUCAAGGUGCCGAACGUUCGACUGAUCAUGCUCAUUGCGUGUUGCCUGCCUGUCAUUGCUGGUUGCGCGAUGAUCUGGAAAAGCAGUUGGUAUGAGCAUGCUGGCACGCCCAUCGCCGGCUACACAAUCAUUGGAACCUUUGCCCCCGUGACUAGUCUGAUAGUCAGUAUGGGCAUGGCAAACGUGGCGGGCAACACAAAGAAGAGUUUUAUGGCUGCUGCCACUUUUGUCCUGUACACGGUCGGAAACAUCGCUUCGCCGUUCUUUAUCGUGUACGAGACCGUCGGUGAGCAUUACCCGCGGUUAUGGGAGGGGAUCAUCGGAUGCUAUGUGCUGGUAAUUGUCUUGGCCGUGGCGCUCUAUUUCUUGCUCAAGACGGAAAAUCAGCGGAGAGACCGAAUGGCCUUGGACGAAAAGGAGGCAGAGCGUGUUGCGUUUGAUGACUUGACAGACAAGGAGAACGUGUUUGCCCUUCGCCGCUGUGCAUCGCGCCUGCUCACUUCCCAGCCCGCCUCCCUUGUCUCUCCUUCGCGAACGUAUAUUUCAGUCAGCAAUACUUCUGCACGGAUAAUUUCGAAGAGUCUCACACCCCAACCCCAACCCCAACCCCCACGGAGAUGGGCAUCCACCGAGAGCGACAAGGAGAGCAAGACUCCAGUUAUCGCAGAAUCUGCCAAUCUAACAGAGGCCACCGAAGAAACACUCCCAGCUGCGGAAACCAACGAGAAGCUGGCAGCCGAACCUCGCGAUGUUCCCAAAGACUCCCCCCCCGCUAUCGCUGAGACUGCAAAUGCGACAGAGGCCACCGAGGAGACACUUCCGGCCGCCGAGAUCGGUGAAGGCCUGGCUGCUUCUUCCUCACCGACACAGGCUGCGUCUGGAGCCCCAGCGGGAUGGAAUGGAUUGUUCGAGCGCAAGCCUACUCUCUAUAUUGGAAAUCUGUUCUUCGAUGUUACCGAGACCGACCUCGUCAAGGAAUUUGCUCGAUUUGGAACUGUGACGAGUUGCAAGAUUGUCCGAGAUCCGCGCGGCUUAAGCAAAGGUUUUGGCUACGUUGAUUUCUCAACACAAGAGGCUGCAGACGCGGCCCUGGAGGCUCUCAACCUGCAGCUGUUCGAGGGCCGUCGAAUCACUGUCCAGUAUGCCGCCCGCACCAGCGGCAUCUUGGACAAGCACACUACUCCUCGCAAACCAAUGAACGAACCGUCCAAGACACUUUUCAUCGGCAACAUGUCCUUCGAGAUGACCGACCGUGACCUGAGCAACCUGUUCCGUGGUAUCAGAAACGUCAUCGAUGUCAGGGUUGCGAUCGAUCGCCGUACCGGUCAGCCAAGAGGCUUCGCGCAUGCCGACUUUGUCGACGUCAAAAGCGCCAUGGAGGCUGCGAAGGUCUUGUCUGAGAAAGAGAUCUACGGCCGGAGGCUACGAGUGGACUACUCUUUCAACUCUGCAUCCAGGGCGCCGAAGAACGAGGCCCCUGCCAGCUCUGACGAUGUCUUCCCGGAGACCCAGUAA